AUGGAGGGCGGGAGACGGCAGUUAGCUGGGCGGAGGAGGCGUCGCCCAGCCACGGACGUUGUCAACAAAGCACCUUCGUCAUCAGGAUUUUAUAUCGGUGGCAAAGUCAACGGCCAGCAUUGUAAGAUGCUCAUUGACACAGGGGCGACAAUCAGUCUCAUCAGUUCGUCGUAUUUGAAGGAAUUGCCCAAGGAGAACCUAGGAAUCGCCACAGUCAUACUGUCAAUAGCUGGCCAAGACUUUCAACGUGCCGUUCACGUCGCUAGUGUGGUGGACCAGUGCAUCCUGGGGAUUGAAUUCAUGAAGGAGUAUGGAUGCAUUGUAAACCUAUGUGAUGGAACGCUACUUCUGGGGCAACGACAACUGAUUCUUGGGUCUUGCAAGGUCCCCGAAUCCGGGUACAGCCCUUACGUCAUCUGUCGUCAGACAGUCUUGAUGGAACCGUUCACGGAAAUAAUUGUGCCCCGUACGGCGCAGUCGAAGCAACCGUCUAUGAUUUCCGCCAUUGAACCAUGUCCAGGAGGGCCACCAACUCCUGGGAUUUUAGUAGCCCGUGGUCUUGUUCGUCAUGAAGGCGGUGUGGUGCCGGUUCGCGUUCUCAACGUUACUCCAUCACCUAUUGUGCUGCACAAGGGACAGCGACUGGCGAAAUGCUCCCAGAUUACGGAACUACUUUUCAACGCCUCAUGGUGUCCGUCUUAUCCGGUCUACCUCCUGAAGCCUGCCGACAUUGACGAGAUCAUUGUUCACAGCAGGACGUUGCAUCAGCACCUCGACCGCCUACGCCGAGUGCGCCGGCUUUGCGAAGCAAAUUUGAAGCUUAAUCCCAAGAAGUGCAACUUUCUUAAGCCUUCUGUGGUCUAUCUUGGACAUCUCGUCUCGGCCAACGGCGUCCAGGCUGAUUCUGCGAAAUCGCUGAACACAGGCCAGGCUAUCCGCUGGUCUCCUUCAUGCAACGAAGCAUUCCCCGCCUUGAAGUCCUCUUUGAUGACUCCUCCGGUGCUUGCCUUCCCUAUGCCAGAUGCCCCAUUUAUCCUGGACAGAGACGCCAGCCAAACUGGCAUUGGUGUUGUCCUCUCACAAGUGCAGGAUGGGCAAGACAGAAUGAUUGCAUGCUUCAGCAGAUCACUUCGAAAGCCCGAAAGAAAUUAUUGUGUCACUCGGAAGGAACUACUGGCAGUUGUCAAAUCUGUUCAACAUAUCCACCACUACCUCUAUGGUCGGCACUUUACUCUUACUUUUUACGCCUUGCAAUGGCUUCUUACCUUCCGCAACCCAGAGGGACAAGUCGCCCGCUGGCUUCAAACCCUGCAGGAGUACGACUUUACCUCAAAACACCGUCGAUGCGUCAACCACGCAAACGCCGAUGGUCUGUCCAGAAUACCCUGCUCCAACACGGGCUGCGGUCGCUGUACCCAGCACCUCGCUUUGGAGGACAACCCGUUGACAAACUCAGCACAAGCUGACUAUUCUCAGCGUAGGACCUGCGCGAUCGGCGUAGAUAUCACCGGCAACAGGGAAUAUAUACGAAUGGCACAGGAUGGAGACCCCAAUAUAGGCCCCGUUAAGGGCACCCGGCCCCUAUGGCCCGAAGUGUCACGAUAA